AUGGGCACCGGGUCGCCCGAGGGCGCCGCCGCCGCCCCGCUCGGGGGGCCUCCGCGGGGAGACUCCGCCGCUGCCGCCGCCAUCGCUCCGGAGCGCCAGGCCAGACCCCGGGCAGAAGCAGAAGCCGCCGCUCGUCGCCCUUGGCAACGCCCCCGCGGCCGCUCAUUGGGCGAGAGGGCGGCCAAGGUGCGAGACGUCACGCGGGGAGGCGGGGCCGCCGCCGCCGCGCGCCACCUGCACGGCCGGCGGGACGCGUGCAGCGUCGGCACGUGUGAGUGCGCCGGCUCGCGCGGGAGGGAGGCAAUGGGGGCACGGGAGGCACGCGGCCGCGCGCCGCACUGGUCUGCCGAGGCAGAGGGGAGGAAGACGGAAGGGCGCGGAAAUCUCGGCCUGGAGAGGCUGCAGGGAAGGAAAGGCGGGCAGAGGCUGGGAACCCCGACGGCGCCGCCGUUGCCUCCGGCCGCGGACUUCUCCGCUGCCCUCCGGCCCGCGUGGAGGAAAAGCUGCACGCCCCUCGGCCAGAGAGAAAAGUCGCUAAGGGGUUGUUGUGUUCUUCUCCAGUCAGGCCGUGACUUGCAGCAGUACCAGAGCCAAGCCAAGCAGUUGUUCCGGAAGCUAAAUGAGCAGUCCCCUACCAGGUGCACCUUGGAAGCAGGAGCCAUGGCUUUCCAUUAUGUCAUUGAGAAAGGCGUAUGUUAUCUGGUUCUGUGUGAAGCUGCCUUCCCCAAAAAGCUGGCCUUUGCUUACCUGGAGGAUUUGCACUCAGAAUUUGAUGAACAACAUGGAAAGAAGGUGCCCACAGUGUCGAGACCCUACUCUUUCAUUGAAUUCGACACUUAUAUCCAGAAAACCAAGAAACUUUAUAUUGACAGUCGUGCAAGAAGAAACCUGAGCUCCAUCAACACAGAGUUACAGGAUGUGCAGAGGAUCAUGGUAGCCAACAUUGAGGAAGUCUUACAGCGAGGGGAGGCACUUUCAGCUUUAGAUUCCAAGGCCAACAACUUGUCCAGUUUGUCCAAGAAAUAUCGUCAGGACGCAAAGUAUCUGAACAUGCGCUCCACCUAUGCCAAGCUUGCUGCUAUUGCUGUGUUUUUUAUCAUGCUGAUUGUCUACGUGCGGUUCUGGUGGCUGUAAAUAGUUACCCGGCACCCAAAAGGGAAAACCGAUAGCAUAGCAGGUGCAUAAUUGCAAGAGGCCAUGAUCCCAGGACAAUAUAUUAGAAUCACCAUCGGUAUAUCUUAGGGUGAAGAUUGUUGCUCCUCUCCAGUGAAUCAGUUCCAAAAUAGUGGAGCCUGCUGCAAAGUAAAGAUUUAUGUUUCCAGAAGUGAUACACUUGAGAGAGAGCUAGCCUUGUCCAUCCCAUAAGUAGUGUCGAUUGGGGUGUUUUGAUCACUCAAGUUUACUGCUACUGAGCACUGCUAGCAGUAAGUACAUCUCCUUUGCCUGUACGCAAGUCUCUCCCUAGUAGAUAAGGAGUUUAAUGAACAUUCCUGGUCCAGUCAGCAUAUUUUAAUUGAGAAUCUGGGUCCUGCUACUUGAACAGAAAUGUCUGUUUGAAGGCUGAGUCUUUAAUGUAAAUAACUGUUAGUUUUCGGAUUGUCCAGUUAAGUGCUGAAUUUUCACUAUGAAAUAUCUUGGCUCAUCAUACCUUUACACAUCCAGUAAAUAGAUAUGAUAUUCUGCCUUAACAGACUGCAUCUAGUGCUAAAUGAAAUGUUACAAAUCGUUGUCAUAGAAUUAAAUUCAGAACAUGAUCCCUUUUCACUUCAGAGAAAUCUGUUUUAAAACAUUAACAAGAAUGGUACAUUCUCUGUAUAUUUUAGGAGCAGUUGCUCAUGUUUCAUUUUUAUCCUCUCUUUUUGUGAAUGGCAGUGUCUCGUCCACUCCCCCCACCCAUACAUACACAAUUCCCAACAAGGCCCCCUGAACCUCCCCAGUUUACAGAACUUUUACAAAGGUACAAGUCUUAAACUGAGAGUUUGAUCGUCUGUGUCCUGGGGAAGAAAUUAGUUCCUCCGUUUCCUGGAUCUUCUGUGAGGCAGAAAUCAAAUCAUUGCUGUGGCCCAGAAACUAAGCUUUGUAAAGUCCAUCUUGCGGAUCGGCUGCUGUUUGGUGGGUAUAAGCCAAAGGGCCUUCAAAUAUUCAUAGAGUCUGACAAGCAAAUUUGCUAUAUUCCUAGGUUGGGAAAUAGCACAACUACCUUCCCAGGUACUGUCAUAAUCUCUGAGGCAAGACAGCAGGCUGGGUGUUUUGGCAGCAAAUCCUGCCCUGGCAUCUGGAUGAGGGCUCAUGUCUGGCUGGCACAUUGCUGCUGAAUUCCUGAAAGCUUUUGUUUCAACCGAACAUUUGACUUGUAGAAGUCUCUGCGUAACUUGAAGUGCCCGACAGGGGACAGACACUAUUUCUUGAUUAAACUGUUCCCCAGCAGUGACUGAAACCUCUGAGGCAAGUUGUUUGCUAUGGUUCUCAAAUACUAGCAGUGAAAUA